AUGGCUUCCUCCGAUAUCCUAUUUCAAACAUUUUCAUCAUUUUCCUUAUUGCAACCUCCUUCCUCCUGUAACAGUCUGCUUCCUCUUUUCUCCUGUAGCAGUCUGCUUCCACCUUCCUCCUAUUGCAAUGUACUUCCUCUUUUUUCAUACAGUAAUCUGCUUCCUCCUUUCUUCUAUUGCAACUCGCUUCCUCCUAUAGCAGUCUGCUUCCUCUUUCCUCCUAUAACAGAAUAUGCUUUCUUCUCUCGCAAUCUGCUUCCUUCCGUCUCCUGUAGCAGUCUGCUUCCUCCCGUCUCUUAUAGCAUGCAACUGCCUUCCUUCCAUAGCAAUUUGCUUCCUCUUUUCUCUCAUAGUAUUCUGGUUUCUCCUUUAAUAUUCUAUUCCUUGUCCCUCCUCUGGCAAUGUGCUUUCUUCUCUUGCAAUCUGCUUCCUCGUUUCUCCUAUAGCAAUCUACAUGCUUGUUUCUUCUAUAGCACUGCUUUCUCCUUUACUAAUCUACUUCCUUUUUUCUCCUCUAGCAAUCAUAUUUCUUCUCUCCUUUUUUUUUCUCUCUUUGAUGUCUUUUCUCUCUUUCUCCUUUCGUUUGGUCUUGAAUUUCCCUUGAGGUCUUUUCUCUUUCUCUUUUCAUAUAAGUGUCUCUUUUUGAGGUCUUUUCUCUCUUUCUUUUUUUCUGUCUGGUGA